CCCAUCUUCGACUAGCCUUGCUCUUUUCCCUCCCUUCUUCAGAAACCUGUUCUGUUUGCUUCAAUUUCAUUCUGUUAAUGAUCGAUGAAAAUAUAAUGACUGUGUCGAAAUAAGCAAAUCCUUGUUUAGCUUUGCUGUUUAAGAAACACUACUACGAACUCCCAUUCUCACCUGCAUUUACAUGAUCAUCGCAACCAUAGCCACAACAGAAUGUCUUUCACUUGGUCCCGCCUGCUUCUUUCUCGCUCUUCACCCUCCAACUCCUCCAUCUUCUCCGAUCUUUCCCUAGCUCGCUCCGCUGACAUGGUAUGUCCCACAUCUUCUGCUUUAGUCUAUAGAAGCAACAUCUCCGUUGAGCCUUCAUUUCCCUUCACAACCAAGCUUUUCACGCCCAGACUCCAAGUCAAAUGCUCCGCCAAAUCUACGGGGGAGGAGCAACAGACUGCGACUGAAACUGCCUUAUCUUAUUCCAGUGAAGCCAGACAUGACAAGGCAAAUGAGGCUCCGAGAUUGGUCGCCACCUCGUCAGGCGAUUCUUUCCCUCUUGGAAUUCGAGAACCAGUUUAUGAGGUUUUGGAGGUGAAGUCUAAUGGAACGGUAUCAACUAGAACAAUCAACAGAAGACAGUUAUUGAAGUCGAGUGGUCUUCGUCCGCGAGAUGUUCGAAGUGUGGAUCCAUCAUUCUUUUUGACAAAUUCAAUGCCUUCUUUACUGGUCCGUGAACAUGCUAUACUUCUAAAUUUGGGUUCAUUACGUGCAAUAGCAAUGCAAGAGCAUGUACUUAUAUUUGACUAUAACUGUAAAGGGGGGAAAGCUUUUUUAGAGUCAAUACUGCCUCGGUUAAACCUUAAGAACAACAACGGAGGACCAUCCAUGCCAUUUGAGUUUGAGGUUGUUGAAGCAGCACUGCUUUCAAGAAUACAGCAUUUAGAGCAGAGACUGAUGCACUUAGAACCUCGUGUUCAAGCUCUCCUUGAGGUCUUGCCAAACCGACUAACUGGCAAUAUAUUGGGGGAACUUCGUAUCAGCAAACAAACUUUGGUUGAAUUAGGUUCAAGGGCAGGAGCUCUGAGACAAAUGCUGCUUGACCUUCUGGAGGACCCUCUUGAAAUACGCCGUAUGUGUAUUAUGGGAAGAAACUGCAGGCUUAAGAAAGGACGUGACAAUGUAGAAUGUUCAGUGGCCUCAGAUAAGCAGAUUGCUGAGGAGGAGGAGGAGGAGAUUGAGAUGCUUUUGGAAAAUUGCCUUCAAAGAUGUGAAUUUUGCCAUGGCCAAGCUGAAAGGCUUCUAGAUUCCGCAAGAGAAAUGGAAGAUUCUAUAUCUGUCAGUUUAAGCUCAAGGAGGCUUGAGGUUAGCAGAGUGGAACUACUUCUCCAGGUUGGAGCAUUCUGCUUGGCAGUUGGUGCCCUUAUAACAGGAAAAAAAAAAAAAAGGAAUGUUAGCAAAGGUAUUUUUGGCAUGAAUCUGAAGUCCUAUCUUGAAGAACGUGUGUUUGCAUUUUGGCUGACAACAGCUGGGAUUAUAGUCGGUGCGGUUGUAGCCUUCUUUCUAGUUUAUUCCUAUCUCAGGGCAAGGAAAAUAUUUUGACUCCAAGAGAAUUCAAAAUCAGGUCAAAAAGCUUUUCACUCUUUUGGCUAUUGACAGUGUUUCCGCUCUGACCUGCCACUUGAUAUUCAUUCAUUCAUUUUAGUUUCAUGAACUUAGGGAGACGUGGCAGGGAAUUGUGGAUCGCUUUUAAUUUUAGUAUUAAAAUAGUUCCCGUGACCAAAAUGGUGCUGUAGCUCUCGGCAUCUGAAAUGCAUUUGAUCAUAUUACAGCUGAGAACAAAAUGUGAAAAAAUUCAAAACCCGAUUAAUAUCGUCAUCGCACGUGAAUGUGAUCCAUUAUGGAUUUGUAGUGCGUGACGUGACUUGCGACUGUAGAUUGUGCGUAUUGUUUACAGGCUGGAGCGUAUGACAAAUUUUUUGGUGUCA